AUGAAGUUUAGCUCAACAAUUAGCGCCUUAUGGGCCGCCUCGGCGUUCGUGACUGCCAAUCCGUUAUUGCGCAGAGACACAAACGCAUCAGUCUCCACUGCCAGCAACUACACGCAGACCGCCACAAUUUCCGAUGCGGCAUCGACCACAGACUCGAUCUUGACUGUGACACAAGGCAGUUUCGGCGCUUUGUUCAAACCCAAGGUGAUGAUCGUCAAUAUGUUUUACAAGGAAGAGUCCGCUUGGAUUCAAAACCUAGAGCUCAUGUACAACAUCUCAGUUCCAAUGUUGUCACCAGAAUACCCAUAUGUGCACGCAAACUCGAACUACUCCAUCAUGUCCAUCACUACGGGUGAAGGUGAGAUCAACGCUGCCUCUACCAUAACUGCCUUGUCGAUGUCUCCACUUUUCGAUUUGACCGACACUUACUUCUUGAUCUCCGGUAUUGGUGGUGGGUCUCCCGACAAGACCACCAUUGGCUCUGUGACGUUUGCAAAGUACGCCGUGCAAGUGGGUUUGCAGUACGAAAUUGAUUCUCGUGAAAUUCCAGCCAACUGGACUUACGGUUAUGUUAAUUUGAAAACUAACCAGCCAAAUGUGUACCCAGCCACCAUCUACGGUACCGAAAUCUUUGAGCUAAACGAAAACUUGAUGAAGAGAGCCAUGCACUUGGCCUCUAAUGUGACUUUGAACAACGGUACCUCUGGUAACGUUGCUUUCCGUCAACAAUACAACUCGUCUCAGGCCGCCUACGGUGGUCCUAAGAUCCUUGCUUGUGACACGGCCACCUCGGACGUCUACUGGUCGGGCGCUGUCUUGGAGCAAGCCUUCAGUGACUACGUUUCUACCGUCUCAAACAACUCUGCCACCUACUGUUCAACACAACAAGAAGACAAUGCAUCUUUGGAAGCUUUCGUGCGUGCCGCUAAGCACGGCCUGAUCGAUUAUUCACGUAUCACUAUCAUGCCUGGUAUUUCAGACUUUGACAGAGCACCAGAAGGAUACAGCGCUACUGACUUCUUCUUUGCUAAGAGUUUACAGGGUGGAUCCAGUAGCGCUUUCACCAAUUUGUACAUUGCCGGUCUGCCAUUCGUGAAAGACAUUAUUGCACAGUGGGACACUCUAUACAAAGUUAAUCAAUUUGAGCCAAAGAACUACAUCGGCGACUACUUUGAAACUUUGGGAGGUGUAAAGAACUUUGGUUUGGAGGAUUAG